AGCGGUACACCGAAACCGGAAGAUGUUGGUACAUUUCUGUGUCCUAGCUAAACGGAAUGAAUGGACGCUGUGAUGCACUGAAGUGCUUUUUCUUCCAUCUGUCCGACAUGACUUGAACUUCUCGGCUCAUGAUUCCAGCCGCUCGUUCUCCUCCUCCACGAAUUCCCGCCGCUGCUGGUCACCAUGGCAACAAGGAUGAAGCUGAAGCUGAAGACUGUGUUCGUGCUCUACUUCAUGGUUUCCCUCCUGGGCCUCGUCUAUGCACUGAUGCAGCUGGGUCAACGCUGCGACUGCACAGAGCAUGACCUGCCCAAAGACCGUACCAUAUCUCGGCUGCGGGGGGAGCUGCAUCGUCUUCAGGAGCAGAUGAGGAAGUCGGAGGCGACCAAACAGCCCAGCAAACAGGAUGUCAAGCCCUCUCUGCCAACCAUCUUUGUCAUAACCCCAACAUACGCAAGGCUGGUGCAGAAAGCUGAGCUUACUCGUUUGUCCCAGACGUUCCUCCACGUUCCUCAAAUCCACUGGAUUGUGGUGGAAGACUCUCCUCAUAAGACACCACUCGUGUCAGACCUCCUGGUGAAGAGCGGCCUGUCCUUCACACACUUGCACAUGCCCACUAACAAGGACCGCAAACUCCAGGAGGGUGAUCCCAGCUGGCUGAAGCCCCGUGGAGUCGAGCAGAGGAAUGAGGGUCUACGGUGGCUCAGAGAGGACAGAAGGGCUCAGCCAGGUGGCGAUAACCAGCAGGGAGUGGUUUACUUCGCGGAUGAUGACAACACAUAUAGCCUGCAGAUAUUUGAAGAGAUGAGGAGUACCCAGCGAGUAUCUGUGUGGCCUGUGGGGCUGGUCGGAGGGAUGAAAUAUGAGAGGCCAGUGAUUGAAGGAGGAAAAGUGAUUCGCUUCCACACCGGCUGGCGUCCUAGUCGCCCCUUCCCCAUGGACAUGGCCGGGUUCGCUGUGUCCCUCAAACUGAUCCUGGCCAAUCCAGAGGCUUGCUUUGAUGGAGAGGCACCAAUGGGCUUCCUUGAAAGCAGCUUUCUUCAGGGAUUGGUUACCAUGGAUGAACUGGAGCCCAAAGCGGACAACUGCUCAAAGGUGCUGGUGUGGCACACGCGGACAGAGAAACCGAAGAUGAAGAGAGAGGAUGCCCUGCAGGCUCAGGGACUGGGUUCAGACCCUGCUGUGGAGGUCUGAGGAACACACACACAGAAACGUGUACAGACACACACACAUGCACCCACACAUUGUUAUUUCAUCUGCUGUUCAAUGCUGCAUAUGCAACCCUGCCUUGUAAAUACUGUAAAACUGAAAAAUAUCUGUUAGAGGCGAUAUUUAAAUUAAUGUGGUUAUGACUGUUUGUGUGUCUGUUUGUUCUGUCGCGUAGUCAAAUUUGCGUGUGUGUGUAUAUAUUGAAUGAGUGUGUGUUAUUGUAACUAUGUUAGUGUGUAAAUAUAUAUAUAUAUAUGUCAGGGUUUUCUUUUGUUUUAGUUAGUGAGAAAUCUUUCUCUAACAGUAUAGAGAAGGAGUUCAAAUAUUUGCCUGAUGGGGGCGCCAGCUUUUAAAAUCUUUGCAAAGCCAUGCACUUGCACCACUGGUACAUUUCAAGGAACUGGCUGUCUUAUUAAAAAGAUUUGUCAGUAUCACUCAUUCCUGGCAGCAGUUGGAUAUUUUUUACAGCUGAAUAACAUCAUGUCUGGUUCCAUCCACACGACACAGUGGACGUGGAGUAUUUCUUCAUGCAUGGCCUCUAUAGUUGUGGAAUAGGUAUCUGUAAGUCUGCAUUCAGCCUUAAGAGCUGUGUUUUUAGUCACAUGACAGAAAAAAAAUGACAUCACCAUUAGAUGCAUGAUCAUAUUAUUUGUACAUAUCAUUGUGGGGCAAAGGUGCUUUCAUCGUAAACAAGCUUCAUUACACAAACAGUCACACAAAAACAAAACAGGAAACAAAUCCUAGUGACUAGUUGCUGCCUUGUCUUUAUUAUGCCCUCAUACCUCAAACUUUGCAACACUAAUCCACAACACAAACAUAACAAACACAGAGAUGCAAUGGCCCUACACCCACAAUCAUAACACAACAGCUUCUUCUCACAAGUAUUUAUAUGUGAAUGCUUCUCGUGAUGCUGUUUAGAAACAUAGUUUGUGGAAUCCAUCCAGAACAGCACCACUGACGCACAUUUAAGUCCUUUAUGCAAUAACACAAUUCAAAACAUGGCGUCCAUGUUACAUUUGCCCUUGAAUUUCCCUUAAAUAGGAAUAUUACUUUACCCUUGCAGUAUUUUGAGAAGAAAAAGCUUUUAUGUAUAUAUCAAACUACUCUGUGGGCUUGAUUAUCUUUCACGACAUCCUCAGAUAUCAAACAUCGAUUCUCCUCACCUACUGUUGUAGUAUACUCUUAAACAGCUAGUGUCUGCUUCUGUAUAAUUAGUGCCUGUAAGUCAGUUCUGCACUGGUGUUUAAUGUAUUUAUUACUGUAAUAUUCUCUACUGCGUAUAAUGUGAUCAUGUCUGUACGUGCUGUGCAAAAUAAACCUAGUUGCUUGAAACGUA